AUGGAGAGUACAGAGCCCAACGGCCGCGGCAGAGGAAGGGGAAGGGGACGAGGCAGAGGUCGUGGGAGAGGUGAUGCACAAGGACCACAUCCGCUGAACUCGUAUGGGAUGCCCCGGGGAGGGAGAGGGGGGUCGAGGGGGAGGGGGACGGCGGUGUUGGAUGAGGGACAGAGGGCUAAGCUUGCUGCUGCUGGGAAGGCGAGGGCGGAUGCUGAGCUCGCGAGGACUGGGAAAGAGAAUACGGGAGGAGAGGGGGGAGGAGAAGAGGUGGAAGCGGAGGUCUGCUUUAUUUGCGCCAGCGAGGUGGAACAUAAUUCUGUGGCGCCGUGUAAUCAUCGGACGUGCCAUAUUUGUGCGUUGAGGAUGAGGGCGCUGUAUAAGACUAAGGAUUGUGCGCAUUGUAGGACAGCAGCGCCCUAUGUGAUAUUUACAGACGAUGCGACGAAACGAUACGAAGAUUUCACCGAGCAGGAUAUUGCCAGUGUACACGAGAACAUUGGCAUUCGAUAUGAAAGCAGUGAUAUUAUGGAUGACACAGUUUUGUUACUCCGAUAUAAUUGUCCAGAUCCCAGUUGUGAUCGCUUCUGUCAGGGAUGGCCGGAUCUACAUCGUCAUGUCAAGCAGGAACACGGAAAGAAGAUUUGCGAUUUAUGUUCGAGACAUAAGAAAGUGUUUACGCACGAACAUGAGCUCUUUACGGAUUCGGAAUUGCAGAAGCAUAUGAAGAAGGGUGAUGAUAAUCCUGGUGCGAUUGACCAGAGUGGGUUCAAGGGACAUCCUCUGUGCCGGUUUUGUGGGGAGAGAUUUUAUGGGGAGGAUGAACUUUAUGUGCAUUGUAGGGAUAAACAUGAACGUUGUUUUCUCUGUGAUCGGAGGGAGGGGUCGCAACCUUCUUAUUAUCAGAAUUUCGAAGCGUUGUCGGCGCAUUUCCGGAAAGAACAUUUUCCGUGUUUGGAGAGGGAGUGUCAGGAGCAGAAGUUUGUGGUGUUUGAUACGGAGAUGGAUUUUAAAGCUCAUCAGUUGGAGGUUCAUGGGAAUUCUCUGUCGAAAGAUGUCAGGAGAGAUGCUAGGGUUGUGGAUAUGGCUGGGUUUGAAUAUCGAGCUCCAUAUGUACAUGAGAGACGAGGUGGUGGGAGUCAGAGGGAACAAAGAGCGGAAAGGGAUGGACGAGGACGUGGAAGAGGGAGAGAUCCAAAUGCUGAGCCCAUACCUGCGAGCUCGGCUCAGCCUCUGAGAAGAGAUGAGCAGGCAUUUCAGAGGCAAAUGGCGAUUCAAAGUGCUCAAUCAGUAACACCAAGAACAUUCGGCGGCUCAUUAACCGCAGGCCCAACACCCGCACAAUCAAGAGCUGGACCAGAGCCACCCAGCCAAACAGUCCGACCUUCACCGAAUGUAGAAGCUGCCUCACAAAGCCUCGCAAACAUCGACUUAUCAGCCCCCGCUACCUCCUCAGCAGAACAAGCGCGCGCUCUUCGACAUAGAGUGGUAAUCGAACGCGCAAGCACAAUGCUUCAAAAUGACCCUACCAAACUUUCCCAAUUCCGCAACUCCAUCUCCUACUUCAAAACAAGCGCCAUCACCGCAACCGCCCUCAUCGAAUCCUUCUUCGCCCUCUUCUCAGACACAACCUCGUCCGCCCUGGGCACCCUCAUCCGCGAAGUCGCAGAUCUCUAUGAAGAUAAGGCGAAAUCAGACGCCCUUCGCACAGCGUGGAAUGACUGGCGAGCUAUUAACGAAGAUUACCCUUCCUUGCCAGUAACCAGUAAUCCUAAUAGCUCUUCCAUCCCACUUGGUUGGGCCAAUAAAACAUCAAAUGCGGCUUCGAGUUCUGGACCUAGUUCCUCGAGUAAAUCCACCAGAGUCCUCAAGCUCAAAUCUUCAACCGCCCAAUCCUCCCGCUCCUCAGUCUCGCAAACUAGAUCGUGGGGCGGCACCUCUACUCCCUCCUCCUCCGUCGUACCAUCCGCACAACCAUACCCCUCGCUCCCUCCACCCGCCGGCUCAGCCAGUCGCACCGGCAAGGGAACAGUGAGUACCGUCCCCUGGGUUGCGAGUAGUUCCUCGGCGCCUAGCUCCGCGCCGACGAGUCGACCCGCUAGUCGAGCUGCGCCGAGAGGCAAUACCAAGGGAGCCGCUGGGGGCGACAUGUUUCCCGCGCUGCCGCCGGCAAAGAAACCUCAGAGUACGAUUUUUGGGUAUGGCAGUGGGAUGGUGCGGAGGGGUCAGGAGGCGAGUUCGUCGUUUAGUUGGGGGGCGCAGGGGAGUGGGAGUGCUGAGGGAGAAACGGGUGGGGAGGGAGGGGGAGAGGGUGAGGUGGGGGUGGAGGGGAAGAGGAAGGGGAAGGGGAAUGCGGGGAAGAAGGGGAGGGUUAUUAUGAAUUGGGGGUAG